AUGACCUUGGUGAGUGUGAAUGACCUGGUGAUUGUGAAUGACCUAGAGGGUACCACUAAAGAGAUUUUCAUGGAUCAAAGUUUUUUCACUGGCUACAAGAAAACAUGUCUGGAAGAAACUGACACUAUAGUUAGCGUCCUCAUCCCCUACACAACACAGGCUCAACACAUGUAUGGCUAUAAACAAGCCAAUAGAAAGGAAGAUGACAUCUCUAUAGUAAACGCUGGCAUGUGGGUGGAGCUAGCUGACAACAAAAUUCAGGAGAUCCGCCUGGCUUUUGGUGGCAUGCACUCUACAACACUGUUUGCCAUAGACACAAUGACUCACUUAAAAGGGAGAGCAUGGGAUGAAUCAAUUCUGGAAACAGCCAAAGAGAAAUUACCAGGGGAUCUCAAACUUUCACCAGGAGCACCUGGAGGCAUGGUGGCCUACAGGAGAACUCUGACCAUCAGUUUCUUCCAGAAGUUUUACCUGGCAGUGACCGAUGCAUUACUACAACAGAUAGAUAAAACAAAAUAA